GAGCUGCUUCCGCGCGGCCGCACUCUCCGGCGGCCAUGGGGCCCUGGCGCUGUCUGCUCCUCCUGCCGCUCCUCGCCGCGGCACCGCGCGCACAGCAGCAGCAGUUCAUGGAGUACGUGGAGCGGCGGUUGGCGCUGCUGGAGGAGAGGAUCGCGCAGUGGCACGAUCAGAGCAGCCGCUACUCCACGGAGCUGCGGGACUUCAAGAACCAGGUGCUGGGCAUGCUGGAGACGGCGGAGAAGGAGCGCGAGGCGCUGCGGGCCGAGGCGGAAGGAGCGGCGGCGCGGGUGGACCGCCUGGAGCGAGAGGUGGACUACCUGGAAACGCAGAACCCCGCACCGCCCUGCGUGGAGGUGGACGAAGUGCUGAUGGAGAAGCAGGCGGCCACGGCCAAGCAGAGGAAGAACGAGAAGUACACCAAACUGACGGAUUGCAGUGACACCAUUGCAAGUGUCCGAGCCAUGAAGAUCCUGAAGCGCUUCGGCAGCUCUGCGGGGCUCUGGACCAAGGAUGCUGCGGGGAGCUCCGAGAAGAUCUACGUCUUCGACGGCACUGCCAACGACACGGUGUACAUCUUCCCCCGCAUGCGGGAGUUCACGCUCUUCUCGGCCACGCGCCGUGCAGCCCGCAUCAAGCUGCCCUACCCCUGGGUGGGCACCGGGCACCUGGUCUAUGGCGGGUACCUCUACUACAUCCGCCAGCAGGGCCCCUUCCAGGUGAUCAAGUUUGACCUGGCCAACAAGACGGUGGUGGACAGCUCGGUGUUCCCGGCCGAGGAGCAGAUCCCCGUCUUCGGGCUCUCCCCCUUCACCUACAUCGAGCUGGCGGCGGAUGAAGAGGGGCUGUGGGCCAUCUACGCCACCAAAGAGAACGAGAAGAACAUCUGCCUGGCCAAGCUGGACCCCGACUCGCUGGACAUCGAGCAGAUGUGGGACACGCCGUGCCCGCGGGAGAACGCCGAGGGCGCCUUCGUGGUGUGCGGGGCUCUGCACGUGGCCUACAACACGCGCCUGCCCAGCCGCUCCCGCGUGCAGUGCGUCUUCGACGUCAGUGGGACGCUGCCCCCCGAGGAGGCCUCCCUCGUGUACUUCCCCAAACGUUACGGCUCCCAUUCCAGCAUGAAGUACAGCCCACGCGAGAGGCAGGUCUACGCCUGGGACGACGGCUACCAGAUCAUCUACCGCAUGGAGAUGAAGAAGAAGCUGGAGGUCUGAAGGGCCCCUGCAAAAGCCCGGACUGAUGGAAUGAGGUUUUCUACUCUGUGAUGCAAUGAAUAAAUGCUAUGCAGCA